AUGGCUGCAUCGCAGUUGUCUGAGCUGCGCGAAAUCACCAUUUCCGACAUCAAACAGAUAUCCUCACCGCCGACGCUCAAGAUACGCACCGAUCACGAUGUGGAAGUAUGGAAGAUGACCCGUGGAUACCGAGAUUAUGGAAUCUUUUUGCGCAGGCUCAGCGACUCUGUCGUGGGGACCUUUCUCCCAUGGGAGCCUGAGUCCGUGAGCCAGGCAAUCACCAGCCUCACAGCGCUUCUAGACAAGUUGGACUCGUUGAUUGACGAGAUCCCUCCGUUACUGACUCCACAACGGUUUGGUAACCUCGCGUUCCGGACGUGGGGCAAGCGCUUAGAGGAGGAAGCAGACUCGCUACUGUCGUCACUGCUUCCCUCACAUUUAUCAAUUGCAGUACCGUUAAUUAAACCGUAUUUCCUGACAUCCUUCGGACACUUUGUCCGGAUGGACUACGGCACAGGUCACGAGACGUCGUUCGGGCUGUUUCUACUGUGCCUUACCCUUGUUCGGUUUCUGCACCCGAAUCCAGAUGAAGAGCGGCAGAUAGUCCUGAUCCUCUUCGUGCGAUAUCUCAGACUCUGCUGGCGCUUACAAGACGUAUACAAGCUGGAGCCGGCCGGCAGCCACGGGGUCUGGGGAUUGGACGACUACAGCUUCCUCGGAUACAUAUUUGGCAGUGCCCAGCUACGAGACCAAAGCGAAAUCCCGGUCUCUGCCAUUCUCAGACGUCCCUUACCGCCCACGAAUCUCUACUUUAUGCAAAUCACGCGGAUUCACCAGGUUAAGCAUGGUCCAUUCCACGAGCACUCGUCGCAGCUACAUGCCAUCGCAGUCGGCGUGCCUAAUUGGGGCAAGGUAAACUCCGGAUUGUUCAAGAUGUACGAGGCAGAGGUGCUGGGCAAGCGAGUAGUAGUGCAGCACAUUCCCCUCGGCGGCCUUCUGGAGUGGGAUAUAACAAAUGGGACCGCAUGCAGUGUUUGUACCGACGUCUUUGAUCUCGUCCCUGAAAUGCAGUGCAAAACGCCGGUCCUUUACUUUUUGUUGAACGCACUCUUUACGCACCAUCAUCUCGGCGUCUAG